CUGGCAAGCAGCUAAAUACUGCCGAGACUCUUCUCCUCUGUACUUUUCUCCCCUAUUUGUAGUCUUAUUUCCUAAAAAGCUGCUUAAUGACUAGCGAGCACCUGCAACCACGAUCAGCCGCAUCAGUCAUGGAUGAAGACACAGGGAUCGCAAACCCCACCCGCGGGCUCGACACGUCGCAGCCGCUCAGCCUGAUGGAUCUGGGCAGUAUCGGCGGCGACCAUGGCCAGCACUGCCGGGAACUUUCCGUUUCCGCUGACCGACCAGACAUCGCUAUUCAACUUCCACGCUCCACCCAACCUGGGCAUCGACCCGCUAUACUCGAAUCUCGAGCAGGGCUUGCUGGGCAGCCUGCAGCAGGACGUCGGUGCGCGGGUGCCGGGUGUGGUCGACCAGCAGCCGCAGCAGCCACAGCAGCCACAGCAGCCACAGCAGAUGGGCGCCGAGGACCUGGCCAUGGACAUUGCAUUGCUGGACACUGUGGCGCGCACAGACCCGCUGGCGUAUGCGACUGCAUCGUCGCUCGUGUAUGGCCGUGGAGCGCCGCCAGGGCUGGGUGCGGCGACCGGCUUUCCGCCCGGGCUGCUGCCCGGAGAGGCACGCCAGCAACAGGCAAUGCGGGCAGCACAGCCAACAGACAUGAACGGGCAGCUGGCGGCGCGGGUGCGGGCGGCGCGGGCACGGAUCCUGAACAACGUGCUGUACAACAUGAGCCUAGGCGGGAUCCAGCAACUAGACGGAUACUAUAACAGUGGGAUCGGCUCACUGACCGGCGUUGACGACGUCGCGUCAAUGGCCAGUGGCUCAGGCAUGAACCGGUUUCUGGCCGACGUCACAGACAACGCACUGAAUGAAGCACGGCCGCUGGGCAUGCAGUUCCCAGCGGUGCCCACGAGCCGCGGGCCGAUGAGCGCCCACAGCCAGGACGCACACAACACGCCGACUGUGAGCUUUGCUCCGCCGCGCAUCGACCAGGCCUGCAAGAUGUGCCGCCGCCGCAAGGUGCGCUGCGACGGGCUGCGGCCAGCCUGCACGUUCUGCCAAACCAAGAAGUUCGAGUGCGUUUACGAGCCCGUAGCCCCUGGCGGCCGCAAGCGCGGGCGGCGGUCCAAGGCGUCGGACGCUGGGUCGGUGGCCUCCAGCAAUGUCGAUGCGCUGGGGCGGACCCGUGCCCGACCCCUAUCGUCAAUCCGGUCGACAUCCGGCGAGGGCAUGGCGCGUUCUAUGCUCGGCUCGGUCAGCGAUGCCGAUGACGAGCACGCAGACCGGCGGUUCGGCAAAUUGCAGCGCUUCAACAAUCCGCCAAUGGACCUAGGCGAGAGCCCCGACGGCUCCGACAAUGACAGCGCCGACGGCCUGGCUGCCGACGACCCCAGCUCCGGCUACCUCGAUGCGCUGGCGUGGCCGCCUGCGACGCUGGCGAGCCUGGCUGACGACGGGCGGGGCGCCGGCGAACCACCGGUGGACACAAGCGGCGAUGCCAAGGGCUCAGAGAAGAAAACGGAAAAGGCGCCGCCGACGUCGUACGCUGAACAAUGCAUGAAGCUCUAUUUCACGUACUUCCACCCGCAGCACCCAAUCCUGCACCGGCAUACGUUCGAACAGACUGUGCGCGACGGCAGCGUCAACAAGGUUCUGUGGCAGGCGGUGCAAGCCAUUGCAGCACGAUAUGCCUCGGCGCCGGCGGGUGAGGGCCGGCCCAGCAAGAGCAGCAGCAAUAACGGCAACAGCAACGAUGUAGGCGAGGCGGCGCCAGCAGCAGCACCAAAGACACGCAUAGCUCGCGCACCGCGGCCGUACGAGUACGGCAAGAAACACGCGGAGCUGGUGCAUGCCAUGCUGCCCAAGGCCACGCGGACGCCGACGAUCGAGGUGAUCCAGGCGCUUUAUCUGAUGAAGGGCAGCACAUACUGGGGCACAGCCGUGCGUAUGUUCAACCAGCUGCACCUGCACCUGACCGACGAGGCGUUCCAGUUCCCAGCAUACACGUCGCACCUGGGACUGCACGAGUCGGCGAUCUCGCCUCUUACAUGUAAGCAAAGUCCAGCCAACUACGCCAGCGAGAUGCGUAAGCCGACGUUGAACAACGCAACAUGGAUCAAGCGCGAGAUGGAGCGCCGCAUGCGGUGGGCGCUGUUCGAGUCCGAGCGCAUACACAGCCUGGCCAGCGGAAACCCGCCGCUGCUGCCCAACCCGCGCCGUGCAGCCGAGUACGAGCGCUUGAUGUUGCACAUGGGCCGCUACUAUGUCGACACCGGCGGCAGUUUGCGCAUCGACAUGGCCACUGCCAGCGUCAGCGCCACGUCGAGCCGGGCUGCCAGCCUGCUGCACAGCGCCAACGAGUCGCUCGAGUCCGAGGACGGCGAGGACGGCAGCGACGGCACACUGGAUGCCGCAGCUGCGCAGUCGGCAGUCGAGCCGGCGCCCUCCAAGCCAGGCGCUGUCAACAUUGCGUCGACCGAGACCAAGGUCACCCAGGGGACGGAGCCGCUGAGCACGUCGCAGGGAUCGUCCAAGGCCAGCGGCUCGCCGAUACGCGCGAACCGCAUCCAUCUGAACGCCCACACGUCGAUCGUGAUCGGCCAGAUGACGCGCGCACGCCUGGCGCUGUUCCGUCUGUUUUUCCCAUGCCGGUGGCCCAGCCAGCUGAUGGCCAGCAGCGGUGGCGUGCUUGAUCUGGGCGGUGGCGGCGGAGCGCCCGGCCCGGUGGUGCUGACCUGGGAAGAGCGCUUCCGCCGCAUGCGCAUCACGAUCGGCGACAUCGAGAGCAAGCUGGUGCAGUGGCGCGUGUAUCUAGAGUCCAUCGCAUCGAGUACGCCAACUACCGCUUUCCUGCUGGCUGCGCUGCUGAUCCAGAACCGCUCGACUGUGCUGCAGCUGCAGGCCUGUCUGACGCGCCGCGAGCGCAAGAUUCGCAAUGCCACCCAGGAAGCGGGCAUUGACGAGGCUGCCAAGCGCACCCUGGCCAACCAUAUCCUGCCCAACCAGCCCGACGAGGCCGCCAUGCUGUCGCUGCGCCAGUACGGCCAGGAGUGCUGGAAGGUGAUUGUGCGCCAGGCCUGCGAGAUCGAGGAUCUGCUCGAGAGCCACUGGUGCGUGCGCCCGCACAGCAAGCCCGAGAUGCGCAUGCUGAUCAAGCCCGACUGGCACGCCCCGAACGCGAUCAAGGCCAAGAUCAAUGCCGAGACGAACCUGCGCAUGUACCCGCUCGAGGAGGCCACCGGCCAGCGCGCUGUGGCCGCCGACGUCAAGGUCUUCUUCUCCCACCGCCUGCCGCCCUACCCGAUGCUGGCGGUGAUCAAGUCCGCUGAUGCGUCGCGCGAGCAGGCCGGCGCCGAGCUGACCCUGGCAUCCAGCAUGAACUCCAACAUCCACAUCGAGACUAACGCCAACGCGCGCGACAUGGGCAACCCAGCCGACCACCAGGAUCGCAGGAUGCGCCGCAAGGCGAGUGGCUCCGGCGCUGUCCGCCGCGGCUCCAGCGCUGCCAGCCGCCGCCAGGGCCGCAUGGCCAGGACAUACACGCGCGUCGAUGUCGAUUUUGAGUCCACCGACGACAACAUGGAUCCUGACGAAGCCGCCAUGGAUCCCUUCCGCAUGCAGCUGGCCAGCACUCCGUACUUUAUCUUCCUGGCUGCCAAAACCAUGAUCAUGUACCUGCACCACGCCAAGAUGUCGGCCUUCAUCCUGGCCCGCAAGAAGGCGAACCCGGCUGCUGCCUCUGUAGCCAGCAGCAGCGAGGCCGGCGAGCCGAUCCCGCCGCGCCUCUACCACAUCGACCGACGAGCCGAGGCCAUGCUGCUGCCCGAGUUCAUGGAGGAUCUGUCGCCGCCGCCCGCCCUCAAGACCCUGGGCGAAAUACGCCGCAUGCAGGACCGUCUGGAGAUUGUGCUGACUGCCCUGCGCCAGUCGCAAAAGUACUGGAUGAGCGUCGACUACUUUGUGCUGUGCAGCCGCAAGCUGCGCAACAUGUCGAACUACGGGCCGUGGGCCAACGAGGACCCGGUGUCAACCGACAUCUCCGCCGAGCUCGCCAACGAGCCGUGGCCUGUCCACGAGGGCCUGUCGGAGGAUUUUUCGUCAAAUGUUGUUUUCAGCACCUAGUUUUUAUGUGCGAUUGAUGAAUGUAGAAUGGGCCUGCCACAAAGCCUGGACAAAC